AUGUUGUUAGUCGAGAGAAUCAACAGUAAUAGCACAAGCACAAGCACCGGCACCGGCACAAGCACCACCAAUAACAACAGCAACAAUAAAGACAAAGAUCCAUCUACAUCUACAGCUACAACAGGUACAACCUCAUUGGUGGAACGCAACCAAUUACCUGGCACCAUGCCAUCAACUUUGCAACAGAAUAGCUAUAGCCAUGGCCAAGAACCAUCAAGCUUAUCUAGGAGAGGCUCAACAUUCAAUUCAAGAGUAAAUAGCACAUCCUCAUUUACUCCCAACAGUAAUAAUAGCACCAGCAACAAUGAUGAUACAAUAAUCACUACAGCUGCUAUAAGUGGAUCUCUAGACACUGAAAAGAAACUGAGAUUCAACUUACAAGGCUUAUUUAAGAAACUACCUGUACUUAAUACAACAUCGGCAAAUACAUCAACCAUCACAGUAAAUUCAUCAUCACCACCACCACCACCACAACAACAACAACAACUUCAACAGCAACAACAACCUCAACAGCAACAACAACAACAACCUCAACAGCAAACCUCUUCAUCAUCAUCAUCAUCAUUACCAUUAUCCUUCCAACCACCUCAUACUACAAACAACACUAUUAAUGAUACCACAAGCUUCACCCCAAUAUCUACCCCGACUUUCACACAAACACCACCAAGUUUCAUAAGACACAAUUCUUUCCCCCGACAAGUACCCAGAUCAACAAAUAUCAUCAGCGACAUCAACCCAAUAACCAUCAUCCACAGCGUAGAUGAGGAAGAUGAAAGCUUGAUCCACGAUAUAGACGAAGAAGACGAGGACGAAUGUUCACUUGCAGAAGAUCAUAACCAACAACAGCAGCAGCAGCAACAGCAAUCACAUCUGCUUAGUUCAAUAGAUCCAUAUUCCCUCUCCGCAAAUAAUAGUCUUCAGCCAAUCGAUAAAGCCAACUUAUUCAGCGGACAACCAAGUUACUUUUCAAGUCAUUACACUACAAUGGUAAAUAACCAGGAAGUAUACACUUCAUUCACUUCCGAUUGCAUAUCUUUGCAAAAUAGUGAAAUGAGCACCGCAAUUACCGAAUUGGAUUCUGACACCAUGAUUAUUAAUAACAGUAACAGUAACAAUGACAAUGACAACAUGAACAGCUAUAAUAAGCAAAUCAAUAACAUUGGUAACGGUAGCAUCAGUUCUCAAGAGGCACCAAUAAAGGAACGCAAGUUGAGUAAUACUAGCUCUUUAUCACUUUCAUUUCCAUCCAUCAAGCGCACCAUAUCCUUAAAGUCAAAGAAACUGCAACUGCUGCGACAACAACAACAACAGCAACAACAGCAACAACUGCUGCUGUUGAAUAAUGACGAGUUACUGAUUCCUACAUCAACUCUCCCAAAAGCCAAUUCAGCGAAAACCACAGCUAGUGUAACAACUGCAAGACCUAAUGCGCCAAAGAGGAAUCUAAAAAGUUUACUUCGAAUUGGCUCGUUUUCGGGUAAUAACAACAUUCAAUCGACAAACCCACACAAGGAGAAUCCAGCACUAGCACCAGCACCAGCACCAUCAACAAUUACCGCAACUACUCCAACAGCAUCAACAGCAGCAGUUGUUGAAGGUCUUCCAGAGGAUGACGAUAUCUUUGCCCAGCCUGAUGAUUACGAAGACCUUUCAGAAACAGAAUCUGAACUCAAUUACGAUCCAAAACAAGAAGAAAGCUCUCACGAUUACAGAGUUGGUGGGUACCACCCAGUUUGUCGCGGUGAUAUUUACUACAGCAAACAGUUGGCCAAUAGAGAAUAUGUAAUUGUACGCAAACUCGGAUGGGGUCAUUUUUCCACUGUUUGGCUUGCCAAGUCUAGAAUCACUUCAUCAGUAGAUCCAACACUAAAUGAGAAUAAUGACAAUAGCGGUUCUAUUGACAAAAACGAGUAUUAUGUUGCUAUCAAAUUUGUCAAAUCAAACAGGAACUACAAAGAAGCAGCCAAGGAUGAGAUUGAAAUUCUCCAUACUCUAAGCGACCCUUUGAAAUACGCAACUCACUUAUCUUCUAAGCAAUUGCAAUAUUUCCAAACCUGUAAACCAAAACAACACCAAGGUUAUAAACACAUGAUGAGACUCCUCGAUGAUUUUGAAAUUGCAGGUCCACAUGGAAACCACAUCUGUAUGGUAUUUGAGAUUCUUGGUGAAAAUGUCCUUAAUCUCAUCUACAAGUAUAAGAAAUUUUACAGAAAUGUGAAUCAAGAGUUGAAAAAGAAACAGGAGAGCGUGGGAGAAGAGCAGACACAAUUAUCACCUACUCUGCAAUUGCAAUUGCAAUCGCAGCAGCAACAACAGCAACAACAAUCAUCAACACCUAUACAAGUACCUACACUGCCACAACAGAAUAUAAAAUUUAACAAGUGGGAUGCUAAGUAUUUGACAAAGAAGAAAAACACGAAAUCUAAACUCAGUCUAGGAUUAACCAAAAAGGCAGAAUCAUUGGAAAGUAAUCAUACUAGUACCCCACCAUAUCCGCUCUCUUCAUCAUCAGCAGCAUCAUCAACCACAUCAUCCAACAACUCUGGCUCUGGCUCCGGCUCAGCUGCAGGUGAUCAUCUCAUGGAAUCAUUGGUUGAACUAGAGUCAACGACGACGAUUGGAUCAUGGGAAGAUUCAAUUGACAAACGAAUAAAACAAAUGAAGCCGAGCUCGUUAGUCAAGAUUAUCGAAACAUCGAAAAGCCGUGGCGGUAUUCCAUUGCAUUUAGUCAAAAAAAUUGUCAAGCAAAUGCUCUUGGCUUUGGACUACAUGCAUCACUGUGGUGUUAUACAUACCGAUUUAAAACCAGAAAAUAUCCUCAUUGAUAUCGAAGAUAUAAACAAGGUUGUCAAGUCGCUUGAGGAGGAGAAACAACAAAAAAUCCGUGCUAAUUCAAUGAGCAGAACAGCAUCUUUGAUGAAGAGGAACAACUCACAUGUGACAAGGCCAUCGAUAUUGAAGCGCAAUUCAACAUCGGCAACUAUUCAACAACAACAACAUCAUCAACUGCAGCAGCAGCAGCAACCACCACCACCACAACAACAACAACAACCGCAACAACUGCAACAACAAAAGCAUCGUCGUGCAUCAUCUUCAGCAUCAUCGUCCUUAAUAUCUUCAUCGCAAACCAGCAAUAAUGGAUUUUAUUAUAGAAGACUGAAAAAUUCUAUAGCAGGAAAAUACGACUCACCAAUCCGCUGUUCAAAACCAUUGCUUUCAUCGUCAGUUUCACAAGAAGUUUUUUUCAAAGAUGUGGACUUUGACAAGUGUAAGAAAGCUUCGGUUUCUAGAUCCAUAAUCAGUCCCAGAUUUACCUCGCUUCUUUGGGAUAGCAAAAAAGAAGAUAAGAAUAACACUAAUACCGGUAAUGACCAUUCACUUGAUAAUGAAUUGAAUAUAAAAAUUGCGGAUCUUGGAAAUGCAACGUAUACAAACCAACAUUUCACAAACCAGAUCCAAACACGCCAAUAUAGAUCUCCCGAGAUUAUUCUUAAAUACAAGUCGUGGGGUAGUUCAACAGAUAUUUGGUCUUUGGGUUGUAUUAUAUUUGAACUAAUUACUGGUGAUUUCUUAUUUGAUCCACAUGAAGGGGAUGGGAAGAAUAUGUUUGAUAAAGAUGAAGACCAUUUGGCCCAAAUUGUCGAAUUGUUGGGCCAUUUUCCCGAUGACGAGUACCUAGUUGAUUGUAAACUUACCGGUAAGUUUUUCAAACUUGCACCAGGAUAUGAAUCAACGAGCCCAACAAACUCAGCCGAGUCGUUUAACUCUGCAUCACAGUCGAAAGUGAUUUUCAAGAAUAUUGAUAAUCUCAAGAUAUGGAAAUUGCAGGAUGUGCUAAUUGAGAAGUACAAAUUUGAUAGAGAUGAUCCCGAUGUGAAACUCGUUUGCGAUUUGAUUCUCAAGUGCUUGAAGUUCAAUUUGGAUGAAAGAUUCGAUGCGCAUAGUUUGUUGAAACAUCCGUGGUUUAACGAGAAAGCAGGAGCUGAUUCCAAUACCGCUGCUGUUGAUGAGACGGUUUUGCAAAGUAUGAAAAACGAACAUGAUGAUUUACCAGGUUACACUUGCGAGGAAUAA